AUGUUGAACCCAAAUCACCCUUAGGUUUCUUAGCCCUUCUUCAUUGAUGUUAUCGCUGCUGAUUAAUCUUUAUAUUACAAACAAAGAAAACAGGCAAUUCCAAUUUCAAAGUCUCAGCCAUUUACUCUAGUAGUUAGCUAAUUAGUUUCUCUGUGGAUUUGUUGUGCAUAAAUAGACGAAACUAAUAUGCCGCAGUCGUCGUCGUCGUCCUCCAAGAUUCAUCCGGCGGCCGCCGCCGAUAACAGACGCACGCCUCACAAUGACGACGAUCAGCCUCCUCGUCCGCUGCCGAUUGCUUUCACGGUGUGGAAGAGAUCCAGCAUUAGUUUCCAUGGAACCGACGGGUUCACGGUGUUUGAUCACCUCGGCAGGUUGAUUUUUCGCGUCGACAAUUAUACGAGGAAGAGGACGGCGAGGCUGUCUUCCUCCGUGGUGGUUGGGAGCGGCGGAGGAGGGUGCAGAGCGCAGGUGCAUGCCAAGGAACAUGGCGGCGGCCUUGUUCUCAUGGACGGAUUCGGCAAGGCUCUAUUAACACUCGUGCCACAGUUACACAUGCCAAGCAUGCAUUAUCAGUGGAUUGGUUAUAGAGGAGAAGAUGAUGAAUGCAAUCCCAGAACGCCAUUAUUCAUGAUGAGAAGGCCGUCACAUCCUUCUCCAUUCCUCCCAAGCUUAAGGUCACUGUCAACCAAAAUUAGGUGCGAGGCUGAAGUCUUUGUCGGAGACUGCCACCGGGGAGCUAUUAAGAGCAGCCGGAGGCCGGAUUACAGGAUAGAAGGAUCCUUCAAGAGGCGGGAUUGCAAGAUCACCGGGGCCGAUGGCCGGACAGUUGCAAGCAUAUCCAGGAAGUUAGCCAAGACAACAAACAGUGCAAACACUAGUACAAGUGUGUUGCUGAGUGAUGAUGUUUUCAGUUUGGUGGUAGAGGCAGGGAUGGAACCUGCUCUUGUUAUGGCCUUCAUAAUGGCCAUAGAUAGGCUUUGCCCUAAACCACAUACCCCCUUUCUGUGUUCCUAACUAUGGACAAACACAACUCCUAUUGAGUCUUCAUCCAUAUUUUACUGCUCAACGCAAGUUAUAUUUUAGGCAGCUUAAUUUUGGAUUAGGGUUAAGGAAUUACAAAUUCGGGAAUGUGCGAUUUUGGUCAUUCAAUUGUCAGAGCUUAGUCAUUUUAGCCACUAACUAUCAUGGGUGAGUAAAUGACACCCUCAGUUAUUCCAAAUUGUUGCAAUUUUGACCCUUCCGAACAGAAGAAACUCCAUUAUGGCUGAAACAACAAGUGUCUUUGGUCCUUCCAAAUUGAUGUUAUGUUGCUCUUAAUAACGUGUGGAUUUGGGAGGACCAAUUCUUUUGUGGCUG